AUGCGCGCGAACAACGGCGUGAAAAACUGGCUCGAGCUGUACGAGAAGCCGGCGCCGGGCGCCAAAGUCACCAAGUCGAUAUCUCUGAUCAAGUAUGGAACCGGCUUGAACGGCUUUCCCGGCAUCUGCCACGGUGGCGCAUUAUUGACACUCAUGGAUGAAGCAAUGCUGCAUAUCCUGGUUGCCAAUACUGUGCUUGAACAUGGCCUUGGCUUUAUGAAAGUAGGGGAAGACUAUUGGAGACUCCAGCUUCAUGAUGGAAAGUCGGCACAAGAGGUGCUUAAGGGCCGAUUAGCCACAGCUACUAUGGACGUGAAGCUUCUGGCGCCGGUGUUAUGCCCUGGUGUUGUCGGCAUUGAAACGAUUGUAGUUGGGGACACAGGGAACAAAAUGCGGAUGAAAGCCACGAUGAGGGAUCGACAGGGCAAGCCGCUACUUACGGUCGAGGGGCUGUGGAUCAAGAUUCGCGGUGCUGCAAGACUAUAA